AUGGCACGCUCCAGCACCUCUCCAUUAUUUGCAUUCCUCCUUGCAUUGGCUCUGGUCUCUACCCCCUACGGCGCAGAGGGCGUGAUCACGCUGCCGGAAGUCAUGACGUUGCUCUACCGAUGCUUAGGCUAUUACUCCGGCUCUGGAAACCUGACAGAAGAGUGCUGCAACGGUAUCAGGGGAUUCACAUCAUUUCUGAAGAACCCCGCUGAACGCGAGGAGGGCUCUAAUUUUUAUGCCAAGCAUAUAGCUCCUCUUAUUGACACCGUCGACGAAAGCCUGAUAACAAAAGUCAGUGAGACUUGUGGUGUCAACCUUCCAUUUCCCCGUGGCUCGCCUAUUAACUGCUCCAUGCAUUCUUUACAAAGCUAUGCAGAUGAGCUAUGGACUGAUCCCUGUAUGGAAUUAUGGCGCCCUGGAUGA